CAGUUGUCAGGGCCGAUUGAGACAACAGAAUGCGACUAUGAAACUGUAGAGAGCGCGACAGAGAUACUCUUUGACAGGCUUGAGAAGCUUGUGAAGACUCCUUUCUUCAAGUACUACAAGGUGGACUUAUUCCGAGAAUGUCCAUUCUGGCAGGAUGAAGGAUUGUGUAUGCAGCGUAGUUGUGCUGUGGAGAGCUUGGACGAGAGUGAUAUACCUGAACCAUGGCGUGCUGAGGCGCUCAGUCGUGUUCGAACUGCUCCUGACCAGGAUGCCCACCUGCAAUAUCCUGGUUGCUAUUACCAUGACUCUGACUUCUGCUUUCUGGAUGAUGCUAAUGGAGAUUCGCAAUAUAUUGACCUCACUCUGAAUCCAGAGUCGUUCACCGGAUAUGCGGGUGAUUCCGCCUGGCGUGUCUGGUCAUCGAUAUAUCGAGAGAAUUGCUUUGGACUGAAGGAGAGAGGUAUUCCGAGUGAGACGACAACCGUUGUAAGUAGCAUGAACUCGCUUGCGCGGGAGAGCAAGCUCAAGCUGGAAGAGGAGGGCGAAUGCACGGAGAAACGGGCAUAUUACAGAAUCGUGUCCGGCAUGCACGCAUCGAUAUCCACUCAUCUCUGCAGGGAAUUCGUUGAUCAACGUACCGGCCAAUCGGGGCCAAACCUACAGUGCUUUAUCAGCCGUGUUGCUGCGCACCCCGAACGGCUCCAAAACAUCUAUUUCAAUGUGGUGAUUCUCCUGCGAGCCCUGACACGGUUGGAGCCUUAUCUUUCCGCAUAUGACCUAAGAACUGGCGACCCAAUUGCUGACAUGGAGACGAAGAAUGUCCUCACCUCCGUACUGGACGUCGCCAAGCGCAUUGGGAGGUUUGACGAGCACGCGCUGUUCAAGGGCGAAAACGCGACUUAUCGUUCCUUUCAGAUUUUGAAGGAAGAGUUUAAGGCUCAUUUCCGAAACGUGUCCCUUAUUAUGGAUUGUGUUGGGUGUGAUAAAUGCCGGCUCUGGGGCAAGAUUCAGACAUCUGGCGUUGGGACUGCUCUCAAGAUUCUCUUCGAGCUGGACGAGCGGACUCUGAACCCCAGGACGAAUCCAGCUUUUCUCCAACGGACUGAGAUCGUUGCCAUGGUCAACACGCUUCACCGUUUUGUCGAAGCCUUGCACAUGACCGGCAGCUUCCGCGAAAUGUGGGCCGCGAGCGAGCGCGUGCUGCAAGACAUCGGCGAAGGAGACGAAGCGACGCCUAUGAAGGGAGAACAGGCUGGCCGAUCAAAAGCUACACGGCCGCGGCAACCGAUUCCCGGAGCGUCUCCUAUGGCUGGGACGCCGGAGGCACAAGAAACUUUCUACACAACAAUCGGCGAGCUGGUUAAGGGCUGCAGUACUUGGUCUAUGUCAGCAUGCGCGAAUCUCGUUAGAGUCAUCUUGGACAUGGCUGGGAAGGUUGCGACCGUCCUGAGUGGAAGUGGGAAGGACGGUACGCCUUCGAUGGAGAAAGAGUUGUAA